AUGUCGGGCGGCGGGGGAUCGCUGGGCGUGAGCAGUGGAUUCGUGGCAGGGGGGAGGCGAUGGGAGGAUCUGCGGAAAGAUGCGCGGCGAGUGGAGAGCGAGGUGGACCACCGCCUAGCAGCCUACUCCAAGCUCGGAGCGGCCUUCGCGCUCGCCUCCUCCUCCACCGCCGCCGGUUCUCUGCCCGACCCCUCCGAGGCACAGAUCCGAGAGGGCGAGAUAGAGGCACUGCUGCAGCAGCUGGCGUCGCUGAACGAUGCUAUGGGCGCAUGUGCUGCUGCGGGGGGCGCGGGAGGGGGCAGCUCAGAGCUGCAGGCGCACACGCUCACCCGCCACAACAACAUCCUGCUGGAGUUCUCAAGGGAGUUCGCCCGCACGCGGGCAGCAGUGACCACCAACCUCGAGCGAGCGCAGCUGCUGGGAGUGUUCGGCAAGGCGGGCGGCAGGGAGGGGGGCGGCACGGGCAGCAGUGCGGGCGCUGAGGUGCUGUCUGAAACGGCCAGACUGCUCAAUGAACGCACCUCCAUCCACUCCGCACUCUCUCAGGCUGAUGACGUCAUCAAGCAAGCAUACGCCACGUCAUCAUCUCUGGCCCAGCAGCGCUCGCUCCUUGGAGGCACAUUCUCUAAAGUCACACUCCUGGGCAACCGAAUUCCAGGGGCUGCUUCCUCCCCGUUCUUUCUCACAGUAUGCCUCCCAUCUCCAUGCUGCCUCAACCCCACCAUGCUCAACACCUCAAUCACCAUGCUGCACCACCAUAACCUCAUCCACAUGCUCUUCUGCUUUCCUCUCCACCCCUCCACCCCUCCUCCCCUCUCCCCUCUUGCUGUGCAGCUGAACACGCUGCUAUCAGCCAUCAGGAGGAAGAAGUCACGGGACUCACUCAUUCUCGCUGCGGUCGUGGCCGCCUGCACGCUCUUCCUCCUUGUCUACUGGCUCAACAAGUAG